AUGCCUGACAUUCGCGGCACCACCCUCACCCCCUCAACUUCCAAAAUCGACUACCUCGAAGCCUUGCAGGAGGCAGUUGGCUCAAGAGGCCUGAAGACUCUCGCCCCUGACAGUGUUGACAGUCCCGAACUCCAGAACUUGCGGCGGUCCCUCGCCAAUUCCACUGCGACCGCACCCGGACGGUAUACCUGUUCAUCCGAAAAGCCUCUGCCCGUUACCAUCAGAGGCAUCAACAAUCGCGCAACCCUCCAAGGUGGAUUCAGAGGAGUGAUUCCGCGCUGGAAACCCGACAAUCCACCCCAACCCAUUAAUUUUGCUGCAUUCGCAAACGGAUACCCACGCCCCGGUCUCGCUCUACUCGCUGCGAAUGCGCUCAGGGAUGCCGCAAAUGACUGGAACAAACUUGACCUAGGGGUGAAGUUCGAGUGGGUGGAGGAUAUCAACAAAGCGUCAUUUGUCCUCUCCUAUGCGGGAGACCAGGGGGGUGUGCUCGCGCAGGCGUUCUUCCCGAACGAGGACGAUCUCAGUUAUCUGAAUGUGUACUCGGCUGCAUUCGAGCCAGGUACAAUUCAGUACUUGAAAAAUAUCUUUUUGCAUGAGCUUGGGCAUGUUUUGGGUCUCAGACACGAGUUUGCGCCGGAACUUGAGGAUACCAAGGAUGAUUAUAGCGUUCAAUUUGGUCCUCGGAAUCCACUGUCGGUGAUGGGCUAUGAAUUUCCACCACAGCUGCAGACUACUGAUAGAGAUAGUGCUCAGGCCUUCUAUAGGUUUCCGGGAAGUGAGCUUGGUUGGAAGGAAGCACAUGUUCCGCCGUCGAAGAGAAAAAUGUUGCCAAUCAAGGACUGUACGGCCAGAUGA